UGUGUCAGGGCCUUUGCAAGCGAUCGACGUAUCCGUGGGUGGGAGACUCAGAGAUGGUGGGCCAUAGGGGGGCUGGAAGGGUUUAUUGAAAGGAGAUGUACUGCUCAGUGGCUCUGCAAGUGGCUUAGGGCAAGGUCAGAGUAUUUGAGGUGUGGAGCAUUUAAGAGGUGGGAGUCGUGCCGGUUUCAGAGGCUGAGAGAGAAGGGAGGUAUGGGAGAAGAGAGGUUUGUUCAUCGCCUCUCUCAGGAACAGAAGGAUCCGAGCUCUGCAUCAGAGUUGAUUCAUCCUUCAACUGUGAAUCUCCUAUGGGAUUUGAGUGUCCUGGAGUGGAUUUGGAGCUAUUUGGAAGAGGGAGGGAGGAUUCGAAGAACACCCAGAACCACAGAAGAUUGGUUGGAGCAAGAAGGGAGUGAGCUCUGCGUUGUCCACGGUGGGAAACUGAACAACGGAUUCAAGCGGUCAUUGCAAGCGGCCACCUAGGAAUGGACGAGAAUCCAUGUCUGACGUGGAGAGAACGCGGAGAAGACCUAGAAUCGCCAGAUCUGCUGCACCUAUUCCUUUGUUGAUCGGGGUUGGACAAUACCCACGACCCGGGAAGACGAAGUCCACGACAAAGGGAAACCAGAUUUGCGAACCAUGCCGUUGAAAGAAAUGCAGGCGACCAGUUCUUGACAGAGAUUUCGUUGGUCGGGGUGGAUUACUUGGAUUUGAAGGGCAAUCCGAAAAUGGAUUCCGGCAAUCUCCUCAUUGUUAGGCGGUCAAUUAAGCCAGUAAGGUCGCCUUUGCUGGAGCAAGAAGUAAUUGGUUCUAAGAUGAGUGGAACCUUUGGUUGGUCAAGAUGAGUGGAACCCUUGGUUGGUCAAUGGAUUCUAAGGGUACAGAGAGGGCUGCAAGAAGAUGCAGAUCAACGUAUUGCCGUUUUGCAUUUGCUGUAUUCUUAGACUACAACGAAGUGGUUGGGUGUUUGGAACAAGGAAUGAACACAUGUGUACGCUGGAUUAUCCCAUGGUGAUGGAUUUUUAAUCUUGCCAUCCGCUUUUUUGUAUUGUCUUUGGCCCAUUGCGGUUGCAGUAGGUUGCAUUCGGGUUUCGGGUAAUGAUAUUCUUCUUUUGUGUUGUUUGUGUGCUUUCCCUGCUCUUAAUGUUGAGCAUAGUGUUCGUUUGUGGAUUAGGAGAUGAUGUUAUUCGUCUGUCCGUUUGGCUGAUAGUUUCUUUUUUCCCGUUGAUGCACUGACGAGAAAAUUUGGUCUCCUGCUGUGGCCUUUCAUAGGAUUAUUAUGACAACAAAUUUUUAUUGUAUAGCUGUUGGCUGCAGAAUGAUCAA